AUGCACCACCAGGCUCACUCGCGCUUACUCCGCUCAAAUUUUGCUGCCUCCGCCACCGAGAUUGCUCCGCCAUGUGCCCCGGGCUGCCGAGCCCAAGGGGUCCCGGGCGAUCUGCAGCGGAUGCCAUCAGAGCAGCGUGUCUGUGUCACAGCAAGCGUUGCCAUCAAUGUUGCCGUCGUAGCCGUAGCCACCACCGCCCUGUCUCAGCUCUCGCGGGCCUUCCAUCCUCCCGCCUCUUCUCUGAGGCGUCCUCUUUCACAAUGGUCUGUUGCUACUAAGAACAGCUCGACAAUACGCGUUUCGCAGUCGUGUGACUACGGCAAUCGAACGUCGCCCCAGCAUCGCCUCAGCUCAGAGCCAACCUGGUCGAUCUAUUCCAGACGUGCCUUCGACGAGAGACCAACGCGUGAUCCCGACAACCUUCAACUCGUUUCCCACAACCACGACACGAUGGUCGCAUCGAUACCCAACCUUGCUGGCUCGUCUGGCCGUGGCUCCCCGAGCUACUUUGACCUGUCGUCUCGACGCUCGCUCAAUCCUGUCUGUCACGAUGUCCAAGCUACGCUCUCGACUUUCCGCUUCUCGAGUCAGAGCCCCGCCGCUACGGAUAUGCCUGCGCAAGCAACACAACCCAUGACCGCAUCCAUCAGCAUGACUGGCGCAUCGGAUGACGACGAGUACGUCGAGCCUUCAUGUAUGCUCGACACGAGCAGCCGUAGACCCAGCGUCCAAAGGACCUCGAGUGCGCCAGAGCCUUCGUCGUCCAAGCCGUCGAUGUUCGUCGAGGCAGCAGGGCCCAGCAUGCUCCGACCAUCUUUGGCACGAGCUUGCUCCGAGAGCCGCGCCUCGGGCGUCCUGGAACGUCGACGCUGCAAGGUCGCCUCUGGCAACAAUGCGCUUCCGUCGAACCUCAUUCUCGACCUGGCCGACUUGCCCAUGACCAUGGGCGCGGGCAACAUCGGCCUGCUGCGCGCCGCACGCAAGGCCAUCGCCGAACCAUGCGGCUUUGACUGGGGUCGCACCGCAACAUCGGCUCCCGCGUCGACGUGCAACUCUCGAUUCGUCACUCACCAGCAGUCUCGACUGGCAGCGCCUUCAUCGAGCGCCGCUGCAUCCGCAGCCGCCAAGUCGCUCGCAAGCGUCUCGCUGCCCGCCUCCACCACUGCCUCGGCAUCUUCAUCGCCCGAGUCGCGCCGUGUUGCGAGUGGCCUUCCGACGUCUCGCUCAUGCGCCAGCUCGUCGUGGGCAAGUCGUGGGUCGUCGUCGGACGAGUCGGAAUGGGACUGGGCUCUGGCCGGCAAUGCGAGAGCGACGUACGAGGCGUUACGCUUCAGCGCGUACAAGGAAACGAGGGAGCCCGUCCACGACAUCUGGCAGCAGCUGCCCGACUGGGUCAGUCGUCGCUCCUCGCUGGGCGGACGAGACGCAGAUCUUUCGCUCCGUGGGCCCUCUCUGCACACCUCGUUCGCACCGCAUAAGCCGGCAAAGGAUGCAGCCGCUGCCGCAGCAGCGACCGCCGCGGCCGCGGCCGCCGCUCUGUCGCUCACGCUGUCGCACGCAUCGCUCUCGUCGCGCAGUCCGCGUAACAGCAUCUCGGCGCGAAGUCGCGGCCAUCAAGCCAAGGUUUCGGUGCAUGUGCCCUUCCGUGUGGUCGAGGAGAUGGCGCCCUCGCACCCCUCGAUCUCGCCACGCGCCUCGUUCGCGGGUGCACGCGAGCAUGCUCUUGACCGACGCCGAUCACGCAGUCACGAUCGACGCGAAUCCACAUCUGCUUGA